UCAGCUGAGGUCGAUUGUGUUCUCUUGGCUGUUUAUUUGUUCGUAGAACUAUUCCUGUUAGUUAAUUCGGUUAAUCAAGCGAUACAUUGAGUAGAAGAGGAUCCCAACCAUCCAAACCAAUUGAGAGCAAUCUGCGAUGGACUUCACGACCUUCGUAAAGCCUUCAAAUGGCGAGGGCGGCGGUGAUGCGGAUGCCCAAAAUGGCCAGAAACUUCAGUUCUGGAAGCAUGUGGAGUACAUCGAGAACCAUGGAAAGCAGGAGGACGACUACGAGUACUGCAUGACCGAGUUUCUGCGCAUGUCGGGCAUCUAUUGGGGCACCACGGCCCUGGACAUAAUGGGCCAGUUGGACCGGCUGGAUCGCAAGUACAUCGUUGAGUUUGUGAAGCGGUGUCAGUGCCCCACAACUGGAGGAUUCGCCCCCUGCGAGGGACACGAUCCCCACCUGCUGUACACCCUGUCGGCCAUCCAGGUCCUGUGCACCUACCAGGCGCUCGAGGAGAUCGAUUGCGAGGCGGUGGUGCGUUUCGUGGUGGGACUGCAGCAGCCCGAUGGCAGCUUCUUUGGCGACAAGUGGGGCGAGGUGGACACCCGGUUCAGCUUCUGUGCGGUGGCCACCUUGACGCUCCUCGGCCGCAUGGACCAGACCAUCGACGUGGAGAAGGCGGUCAAGUUCGUGCUGUCCUGCUGCAACCAGACGGACGGGGGAUUCGGUUCCAAGCCGGGCGCUGAAUCGCAUGCGGGUCUUAUUUACUGCUGCGUGGGCUUCUUCUCGCUGACCCACCGCCUUCACCUGCUCGACGUGGACAAGCUGGGCUGGUGGCUGUGCGAGCGUCAGUUGCCAUCUGGUGGGCUGAACGGACGACCCGAGAAGCUGCCGGAUGUGUGCUACUCGUGGUGGGUGCUCGCCUCGCUGACCAUCAUGGGUCGACUGCACUGGAUCAGCUCCGAGAAGCUGCAGCAGUUUAUUCUGUCCUGCCAGGAUGCUGAGACGGGUGGUUUCUCCGAUCGCACAGGCAACAUGCCCGACAUAUUCCACACGCUCUUCGGCAUCGGUGGACUCUCGCUGCUGGGACAUUCCGGCCUGAAGGCCAUCAAUCCAACGCUCUGCAUGCCCCAGUACAUCAUCGAUCGGCUGGGAAUCAAACCACAACGAUUAGCAAGGCCAUGAGGGGUGAUUGUGAUUCCAGGACAGCAGUUGUAGCCAAUGUUUAGCCCAUAAUCAGAACAGACCUCUACCGUAUUUCCCAGCUAGCCGCUCUUAGUUUUAUUUGUACAAAAAAAGACCAAAAUUCCACCGCAGGAAUACUCGAUCCCCUUUUCUCUUUAACUUCGUUGUGCAUUUACACAGGAUAUAUCCCCUCGAUAAGCUAUUAUUAAUAUAUUUUGUAUAACGAAUUGACAUCAGCAAUAAAUAAAUAUUUUAUUUUAUUACAGCAAGAAA